UAAAAGCAAAUAAAAAUGCGAAAUAAAUUAAACCAAAUCAAACAAUGACUAAGGUUGCAUUCAUCGUACUGUGCGGACUCGUAGGAGCCUUAGCUGCUCCUCGUGAUCUGGGAUGGCGUAUCGUGGGUGGACAUGAAGCAGGAGAAGCCCAAUUCCCAUACCAAGUCUCUUUGAGAUAUGGCGGUUCCCACACCUGCGGAGGUUCCAUCUUGGAUGAGACCACCAUCCUUUGCGCUGCUCAUUGCGUCGAUGGACGUAUGCCGUCCAUGAUGACUGUUGUCGUCGGUAGCCACUACCUUUCUGAAGGCGGUGUAUCUCACCAAGUCAAGAGCUUUGUUGUCCACGAGCAAUACGAUUCCUACAGGAUCCAAAACGACGUUUCCAUCUUGAAAUUGGACACCCCAAUAAGUUUCAACACUAAGGUCCAAGCCGUUAAGUUGCCAACCUCCAACAUCGGCGGUGAUGCUGAUGUCAUCCUCAGUGGAUGGGGUAGGACCAACUACCCAGGAGACAUUCCCGAUGAACUCCAAUACAUUCAACUCAGGACUUUGACCGUCGAAACUUGCCAGAAAUUGCAAUCCGCCAUGGACGUUAUUGAAUCCGAAGUCUGCACCCUGACCAAGUCCGGUGAAGGCGCCUGUCACGGUGAUUCCGGCGGUCCUUUAGUUGACUUUAACGGAAACCAAAUCGGUAUCGUUUCUUGGGGAACCCCAUGCGCACGUGGAUUCCCUGACGUCUUCACCAGGGUCUUCUCCUUCUUGGACUGGAUUGCACAGAAUCGUCACUAAAAUGAUAAAAAAUUGAAUUCACAAAUAAAUAAAUAUGAUUAUUAUAACAAA